GCAGCCAUUGCGUCAUGACGUUACACAUUACGUCGGCUGGAGGCUCGCCGGCCCCGCCCACUGCUGCUGUUGCUGCUACUCAGAGAUCUUACCCAGCAUUCCGCGAUACGGCGGCUGCUCAGGUGCUGUGUUUGCGCUGUGUAGUAGUAGAGUGGGGAGACCGGCGGAGCGGUGCGCGGUGUGGCAGUAGUGCGGGGACUGGCUGCGGCAGGUUCUCGGGAUGAACAGCAUCAAGAAUGUGCCCGCCAGGGUGCUGAGCCGGCGCUCCGGACACGGCUUGGAGGUGGAGCGGGAGCAGUUUGACAAGAACCAGGCCAUCAGUAUCAGCAAGGCUAUCAAUGCACAGGAAGCCCCAGUGAAAGAGAAACACGCCCGCCGCAUUAUAUUGGGCACUCACCACGAGAAAGGCGCAUUUACGUUCUGGUCCUAUGCGAUUGGUCUGCCCUUACCUAGCAGCUCUAUUCUGAGCUGGAAGUUCUGCCAUGUCGUCCAUAAAGUUCUUCGGGAUGGACAUCAAAACGUACUGUCAGAUUGUAAACGAUACCGUAGCAAUAUUCGAGAGAUUGGAGACUUGUGGGGACAUAUGCAUGAUCGAUACGGACAGCUUGUGACUAUUUAUACAAAACUGUUGCUCAAUAAGAUAAGCUUCCACGCAAAGCAUCCUGAAUUUCCGCCAAACCUGGAAGUAACGGACGACAUUCUUGAAAAAGCAGCCGGUACAGAUGUAAACACGACAUUCCAGCUGACAGUGGAAAUGUUUGAUUAUAUGGACUGUGAACUAAAACUUGCUGAGGCCGUUUCUAGACAGCUGAACAGUGCCAUUGCGGUAUCUCAGAUGUCAGCAGGACAGUGUAAGCUGGCACCUCUCAUUCAGGUGAUUCAGGACUGCAGUCAUCUGUAUCACUACACCGUCAAGUUGAUGUUUAAACUACAUUCAUGCCUGCCUGCGGAUACAUUACAAGGACACAGAGACAGAUUUCAUGAGCAGUUCCACAGCCUCAAAACUUUUUUCAAACGAGCUUCUGACAUGCUGUACUUUAAAAGGCUUAUUCAGAUACCCCGCCUUCCUGAUAAUCCACCCAACUUCCUGAGAGCGUCUGCAUUAGAGGAACAUGUGAAGCCUGUAGUUGUUAUGGCCAAUGAAACUCCAGAGGAGGAAGAGCAGCCGCCUGAAUCUCUGGUUGAGAUCAGCAACAUUCAGCCUGUGGAGCAGCAGGUCGUAGAGGACAUCUUUCAACAAACGUUUGGUCCUCCAAAUGGUCUUGUGAUUGAUGACAGGGAUCUUCAAAUAGAAAACUUGAAAAAAGAAAUUGAGAUGCUGCGUUCUGAAUUGGAGAAAAUAAAAUUAGAGGCCCAGAAGUACAUCAUGCAGCUGAAAGGUCAGAUUAACACUUUGGAAGCAGAGGUGGAGGAGCAGCGCAAACAGAAACAGAAAGCACUAGUGGAUAAUGAGCAACUGCGGGACGAGCUGGAGAGGCUACAGAAACAGAAGCAAGAAAAUGACAAAACUCAAGUGCUCUACGGAGAAGUGGAAAAGAAAAUUCAAGCAACAGAAUUACGCUACAACAAGCUGAAAGAUAAGCACAGUGAGCUCAUCAAUGUUCAUGCCGGACUUCUGCGGAAGAAUGCUGACACCGCCAAGCAGCUUACAGUAUCGCAACAAAACCAAGAAGAAGUGGAACGUAUCAAAGAGCAGCUGCAGUUUCAGAUGGAUCAAGUGAAGCGCGAGUCAGAAAUAAAGUUGGAAGAACAGACUUUUCAGAUUGAACAGCUGAAAACAGAGGUUGAAGCAAGAAAGGAAGAGCUGACACGAGUGCAGCAGUCUCUGACCAAUACUGAACAGUCUGAAUCCCAGCUGCAUUCCAAACUGGCAGCGCUUGAAGCGGAGAAGGACUCGCUGAGAAGUAUGGUAAACUCUAGAGAGUCAGAACUGCUUUCGGUCAAAAAUGUGGCUCAAGAGACUGAAUCUUUAUUCAACCAAGAGCAAGAGAAAAGGGCCGGCGAAAUACGGGACUUGAAUGAAAAACUUGGCAAAAAGACUGCAGACGAGCAGAAACUUUGUCAGAAGAUGUUAGAAGACCAAUUUAACAUCAUCCAGGCAACUGUAAUGAAAGCAGAGAACAUCAUCCAGGAUGCCGUAGCCAAACUCGAUGACCCUCUUCAUAUCCGCUGCACCAGUUCACCAGAUUAUCUUGUCAGCAGAGCUCAGUCUGCUAUAGACUCCUUAACGCCCCUUGAGAAUGGACACUCUAAAUAUGUACAAAACAUGACAGAUGCCUCUGACUUGGUAGGAGCACUUGCUCAGUUUGCCCACUUAACUGCAGAUACGAUUGUAAACGGUAGCGCAACCUCUCACAUGGCUCCAACUGACCAUGCGGACCGACUGACUGACAGCUGCAGGGAGUGUGGGAACCAGAGUUUGCAGUAUCUAAAUGAUCUGAAGAGUAAACAGUCUUUAAAGGGUGCUGAUCUGACGGAGGUUAGAAGAACACUGCAGAAUAUCUUUGGACUGGGAGAGGAGUUAAGGCCAAAGAGCUUGGAUAUUAAGCAGGAAGAGCUGGGGGACAUGGUGGAUAAGGAGAUGGCAUCCACCUCUGCAGCUAUUGAGGAUGCAGUGCGAAGGAUUGAGGAAAUGAUGAACCAGGCUCGGAAGGACACUUCUGGAGUCAAACUGGAAGUGAACGAGAGGAUUCUCAACUCCUGCACAGACCUGAUGAAGGCUAUUAGACUUCUGGUCAUAACCUCUACAGACUUACAGAAGGAGAUUGUGGAGGGUGGAAGAGGAGCAGCGACAACACAAGAAUUCUACGCUAAAAACUCCCGCUGGACGGAAGGGCUCAUCUCUGCUUCAAAGGCUGUGGGAUGGGGAGCCACCCAACUUGUGGAAUCUGCAGAUAAAGUAGUCCUGCAUAAAGGCAAAUAUGAAGAGCUUAUAGUUGGAUCCCAUGAGAUUGCUGCCAGCACAGCACAGUUAGUGGCUGCAUCCAAGGUGAAAGCAGAUCAGAACAGUAAGAACCUGCCAAAGCUGCAGCAGUGCUCCCGGCAUGUAAAUGAGAUGGCCGCCAAUGUCGUUGCCUCCACUAAGUCAGGCCAAGAACAGAUUGAAGAUAAAGAUACAAUGGAUUUCUCUGGAAUGUCUCUCAUCAAACUAAAGAAAGAAGAGAUGGAAAGCCAGGUGAAAGUCCUUGAAUUGGAGAACAUGUUGCAGAAUGAAAGGAUGCGCCUUGGAGACCUUAGAAAGCAGCAUUAUUCUCUGGCAGGAGGGUACGAGGAAGCUAAUGAAACAGAAAAACCAUUGUCAGCCCAGAAACCUGGAAUUUUGAAGAAGCCAAAGCUGGCACAGAAACCCAACAUUCCACCCAAGGCAGACUGUAAGAUUGAUCAAGAUGAUGGUGUGUAUCAAGCUCAUUUGAUAAACUACUAGCCAGUGACUCUGCGCCCUGUGAGACAGACUGGCCGCGUUCUGUCCCCAUACACCGCUACAUGUUCCAGGGUGUGCAGGACAACUGGGAUUCUGGCGCUGUCGGCAGUUACUGUACGUCUGUGUUCUAUACAGACAGUCGCUCUGCUGAUACCUUUUAGGUAGUGGGUUUUACCUUCCUCCACUCAGCUGCUUAUUUAUACGUAUACAUUUUAUUUAGAUUUAUUUUAUUGUGAUUUUCUAUUUCUUUAUAAACGAGGCUGGAGCAUACUUCCUUUAUGUCCAUGUACAUGAUUCAAUUUAAAGUCCAUGAUGGUUUAUGUGUAAUGCACCACUGAGGACCUCUCCUUGUACAGAACUCUUAUCUGGGCCAUAUGAUGACCAUAGGAUCCUCCAGCACAUUACAGGACCAGGUAACUCUGUCCCAGGUCACUGUAGUGAUUGGAGUGUCUAACAUAUACUGUACUGAAGCUCCUCCAACCAUUAAAUCAGUGCAGACAUUUGUCCCAAAAUGACACUAAUACCAGCGUUAAUAUCCCAGAACAGUAGAACUGCUAACAGUAAUCUAUGAUGCCCAUCCAGCCAUUCUCAAUGGCAGAGCUUGCAUUGCUGUCAGGACAAAUCAUUACUGUAAAUCAUUUUUCCCAACAACAGUCAAGCCCAUUAGCUCUACGUAAAAGGUUUUUCUAUAAGAAACCAUCUUCAAGAAACUAGUUUUUAAUUAUUUUUUUUAAUUUGAGGUGCAUUAUAGCAGCAGAAGACAUAUUUUAUUUAUAUAUAUUAUAAUAUAUAAUUAUAGUAUAUUUUAUUUUGCACAUUUGCAGAGGGUGAGAUAAAACUAAUGAUACCAGUAGGGAAUGGGAAUUACAGGAACUGUAGCAUUGCUUUUUCAAUGCCUUGUCUUCCACUGCUAAUUAAUUACAUUGCAGUCACUUCUGAUGUUUGUAAUUGUAGGCAAGGAAUAUUCAGCUAUAGAUACAGUACAAACGAUAUUUGUUGGUCGAUGUUCUCUCACACUCUGUCCUGUCUGUGCAUUCAGGUAGUUUUAUAAUCCAUUCGGCAGCUUGUGAAAAUGAGAUGGGGAAUGGAAUCCUCUAAUUCUGUGGACUAACUGUCUUUUAUACCGUUGAUGUUGAGUACCGGAUUAUAAAAUCACACAAGGGCACUUUUGUCUGCAGGCGGUCUUAACACAUGCACCUUCGCUUUUAUUUAUACUAAACCAAAUUGCAGACCGUUCAUUUCACACACUGGCUGGAGCAUUGUCCCGUUAUAGAUGUCUGCCUUUUUAUAUGUCCUUUGGGAUACAGGGUUAUCAACCUUAACUGUCUUUUCAUACCUAUGUUCUACUUUUAGGCUGAAUGUGUUUUCGGUUUUGUAUCUUUGUAAAUGUUAAACAAGCAAUAAAAUGUGAACAGAU